AAUACUACUAAAUUUGGCAACGUCGUAGGUACUGCCAUCUUGCUCAAGCACUAUCCCAGCAUCCCAGCAUCCCACCUUCACGGUGCCCAAUCCUAGCCGUCAUGCAGGCCAUCGUCGACUCGGUCCGCAAUCUACUUCCCUACCAUGUCCUUUGUUACGGAUCUCUGUUCGGCACGGAGAUCUACCAGAGCUUUGUCAACACCAAAAUCUGCUACCAAGCUCUGCCAAUGCGCGAGUUCAUCGUGCUUCAGAACCGCGUGUUUCCCGCCUACUUCCGUUGUCAGGUCGGCUUGGCUCUGUUGACGGCCGUGACACGCCCUCCGUAUAGCCUCGGCUCUUUUGCAAAGCACCCGUUGGAUUCGAUUCCGUUGGUCGUUGUGCUCUUCACGGGCCUUCUGAAUUGGUUUGUCUACGGCCCUCGAACGUCCGGAACCGCUGUUGUCAGAAGGUCCCUGCAAGAAAAAGCGAACGACGAGAACAACCCCAACCCCACGGAUCCAAGCAAGCUCCACCAGGUAAAUCGCAGGUUCUCGCGUAACCACGCCAUGUCGAUCCAUCUGAACGCCAUCGCGCUGGUUGCGUCGAUCUGGUACGCCUUCUCGCUGAGUUCGAGCAUCACCAAUGGUUUGUAACUAUGGCGUGCAAUGGUCGGAUCUAUUGGAAACACCGGGCUGUUUGGGCGGUGCUUGGGUCUUUUCUCUUUCUCUCCGCUCUGCUACUGGUACGUAUUUGUCAUUUUUGUCAAUGUAAUUAGCCUAUUGGUGCAUGAUUUCUGGCCCUGGGGCUGGGGAGUGCAGGUGGCAUGGGUGUUAUUUUGAUCUCCUGCGUUGGGUACAUACAUUUGUUUUCUGGUUGGGUGAGGACUUUGGGCUGAUGGAUUGGACUGUGUCUAUGUGAAGGGUCUUGCAUUGUAGUUGGUUGGGAUGUAUAUACAAUGGCAUUUUUAUGCGCGCAUCUUUGCAGUGCUUGGUCUUUGGGGUUAUGU